UAAAAUUGUGCCGUUACCAGGUCAUUUAAAUAAUAAAAAAAAAUUGGCAAGAUAACUGAGUUUAGAUAUGGAUCAACAUUUAAAAAAAAACUGCAUUCGAACCAAUGUAACCGUUGGCAAUGCCUGGAUAAUCUGCAAAUCCAAAUCCCAUCCAGGAUUUAAUUAUUAUUUUAAUACUUUAUCUGGUGAAGCUGUUUGGAACCUCAGCAGUGCAGAGGUCGAAAAAGCUAAGAAGAAGACAAAAUUUCUAGAAAGUCAACCAGGAAAUAGUCUGCAGAGAUGUCCUGAACCAAAAGAACCUCCAGUCACCCCACCCUUUCAGAAUUCAAGUUAUGCAUCUCAUUCUAACUAUUCAGUUCAGAAUGGUGUGAUGUUAGGACCACAAUGUUCUACACAGCCAAUGGGUGGAUCACAGUUUUACAAUUCCUUGAGUUUGAUAAACGCCGUACCUCUUAAUGUAACAACAGUACCUGCAUACAAUUCAAACGUUUGGUCCCUUCCACCUCAAACACAAUUCAUAAUAAGUCCAUUAAUUAAUCAAGUACAAACAAUGAUGCCUCAUGCUCAAUUACAAUUAAAUAAGGAUAGUCAACAUUUGUCAAACCAAAACGCAUCUGGACCAAAAAUAUUCCAAAAUAAGCCUUUUGAUAGAGGACAAAACUUGAAAGAAAAUGUUUUUCAAAGAAACAAAUAUGCUGGAGGUCAAUUUUCAAAUGUAGAUUCCGAUCUGAGACAAAAACUUAGAACUGUACGUAAUAAAUAUCAAAGGUCUAAAUAUGUUAACGAAAAUCAGCUCAAAGAUGGAAAGUUUUUUAAUCAAAACACAAAGCCUUAUAUUCACAAAACAAUGGAUACCACUAAAAUUGAUCUUACACCUUUGAAAAAUUUAGCUCCAUUAAAAACACAUACUGAUAGUUGGUAUAUAGUGGCCGAUACAAAUACGAUUUUAAACAACUUUGGAUUUCUCACUAAUUUAACAGAUUCAGAUAAAACAUGUCACUUGACGGUGCCGAAAUGUGUCAUGAACAACCUACAAUCCAUUGCUGAAAAAAAUAAAAGUAUGAAUGCACGCCGCAUAGUAAGGUUUCUUACACAGCAAAUAGAUGCCGGUUUAGUAAAAUUAGAAGAAAAAGGCGAAGAUGAUAAUAGCCCAUCGAAUAUAUUUGACCUGUGCUUAAAAUUAUCACAGAAACAAUAUCAUGUAGUUCUUCUUUCGGAUGAUGUGACAUUGUUAAAAUAUAAAGGCAUGAACAAUAUAAUUAUAAUGACAAUCAUAGAAUUGAAAGAACUUCUUGAAAAAAAUACCAACCACGCAACUGUACCAGAAGAAACACCUUUUAUUGUUGAAAAAUUAAUCAAAAUAACAGUUCCUAAUGACAUGCAAAGCUCUCAGUGUCACACAGUACCGACGAGAGACAGUAAAAUUGGGCAUGAAACGGAUUUUACUCAAGAAUUGCAAACAACAAAAGAAAUAUCUUAUAGUGAAAUGGUUACAGAAAGCAAUAAUAGUAGUGAGUGCGGUGAGGAAGUUAGCGACUGUUCGCAAUGUAAAACUGCGUGUAGUUCGCCUAGAGGCGACGUGAUACCUCUGAAAAAAAGUUCAGAUCUCAAAGAUGAGACUGAAAUUGACGUGGAAGAUAGAUCUCAUGCUAGUUCAAAAGAUAGACUACCUAAAAAUCAGUCGCCUAUGACUGACCAUAAAGUGAAAGAGAAAACCGCCGAAGAUUACACUCCUAGAAAAAGAGUUAUAAAGUUGAGACAUAAUGUUAGUCAGAGUGAACCAACUAUUAAAAGAAAACGAUGGAGUACUAGGAGACGUUGUGAUAAUAAUUAUCUUUCAGCAGAAGAGCGUUUUUCACAAUCGCCCAACGUUAAUAUUGCAAAUGUAAAUAAUGUAUUCACAGAGAAACGAAAUGACGCUGCUGGCGAAGAAAUUUUUGCCGAUCAAACAAAAAGCUCAACCGAUACUAUUGAUUGUAGUAGCAUGAACAGUGUAAUUAUUUCAAAUCGUGUUCCUGAUAAUAAUAUUAUCAUCGACGAAUCUUCUAUGUCUGGUGCUAUAUCAAACACAGAAAGCAAUGUUGAUACUGAUAGCGUCAUUAGCUAUAAAAUGAAAUUUUGUCGUGAGAUAAAGAAACCUAUUCAGCGUAACAUUAUGGUUGAUAUACCCAGCACGGUCAUAGAAGAACACCUUUCAAUGAGAUGCGAGGAAUGGUUAUUCAGAUUUAUCCAAAUAAUGGAGGAUGUGCUAUCACAAAUUUUACAAGAGGAUCCGCAUUUUGUGAAUAGUGAAUUUCCACCACCGUGGACAUUACACGAAGCAACGCAGUGCAUAAUAAAGAAGUUUAGUCACUGCUGUUAUGUUGUAGACGCUGCGAAUAAACUGUCUAUAGUGCUUUUUGAGUUAAGUGACGCAAAAGGUAAAAUGAUUUCUAAAAUAAAUCCGUCGCAAUAUAUGGAAAUGUACAGCUAUGGUGCUUACUUGAUCAAGGCUUUGCAGGACGUUAAUGAAAAUUGUCAAGAUCUUAAAACUGCGUCAAAGCAUUUAAAGGAGUUAUUAGACGAUAUAUAUAAUCCGCACAUAGAUAAGCUUAAUAAUGACAGUUUUGUUGAAGAUAUUUCCAGAGUUUCUCCCAAAAAAUUAAUUCCAUCUUGCCCCGAUAGAAGAAGUACCGUAAAAAACCAAAGUGAAAAUGUUCAAAAUGUAGAGAACACUCCGAAAAGUUCUGAUAACCAGAUUAAAAUUCAAUCAAAUGAGGGAAAAACUACAUCAGUCUCAAUAAAAGAAGAUCUCUUCCUUCAUCUCGAACUCGAAAAGAGUAGUACUGAUAAUAAAAAAAUUGAAACAAACCAAGUAUUAGAAAAUGAAAAAGAAUCUGACCAAAAUGAUGAUAUUGCAGCAGUCAACUCCUGCAAACCAAAAAUAAUAAGAUUAUUCACAAAAUGUCCUGAAUUUGAGAAUCGUUCAGAAUUGGAUUACGAUUUGGAUGCAGAUGAAGACGAAGAAGAAUAUGAAGACGAAGAUGAAGAUGAAGAAUAUGAUAAUGAAUAUGAUGAAAUUUCAGACUUCUGUGACGAAACAGAAACUUUGGUUCGUCCUGUCGUGUCAGAUGAGGUUAAAAUCAAGGGGUUCAUUUCAAUGUUCUUACAGGAAAUCAAUGAAACUUACCAAGAGGUUAUGACAUUAUGUGAUACAAGCUAUAAAGACCUUUUAGAUAACAACAUUCCAAACCAUAUUAAAACCGCAAUUGGUGUAAAAGCAGAACAAGCUGUUGAUCAUAUAAAAACCCUUUGUAAAUCGUUGGACAGUAUUCUUCGUCGGGACGGUACUAACCCAGAUGAGAACAUACGGUGCCUGUUAAAGAAAGCUGGCAUCGAGAUGAAUUUUAGUCAAGCUCUCUGCGAGGAUUACAAAAAUCUUAUAAGGAAAUGCAAGGACCAAGCUGAAAUAUUUACAACAACGGUUGAUAUUAUUACAAAAGCGGCUAAAUUAUAGUUUUCAAACAUUUUACUAGAAAAGUAAAUAACUUGAAAGUAUCAUAAUAAUAUGAAUUGUUAGCGAUAUAAGUUGAUUUAGUUUUCAGUCGACGUAACGAAAUGUUUAUUUCCAAUAAGAAAAUGUGAAAUUUAUAUCCUUACUCGUUUAAAUAACUGUAUCUACAAUUCCGUUCUCUCCGAUCUGCGAAUUUUGAGCGGAAUCACUAUCGUCUUUCUACAACAUAUCGCUUCUAAUAUAUUACAUAUAAGUGUUUAUUUUCAACUUACGUACUUGAUUUAUGUAUGCUCAUACAACAGUUUUAUUUGAUGAUGGUUUUUAGUGUUUUUUUAAUAGUAAUUGACUUAUCUGUAUGCUGACGAAGCGUACUUUCACCUAAUUUUUGAUAAAUGAAUCCACUGCAAUCGAAGAAAUCAGCCAUCCACCGGAUACCCAAAGUGGUCGUUUGAAGCAGAGGCGUAGGCAAAACUUCAAAAGUACAAUUCUAACUUUAUAGUCACAAAAUUAAUACAUGAUUGGUUAAAUAAAUACAUAAUUACAUUUAUUCUACGACCCGGCAACAUUUUCUAAUAUAUCUAUCGGAUCUAUUUAUAUAUAAUUCGGUAUUUUUGUUUUACCUAACCACAUUGAAAUGCCAGUUUUGUGUUGCCCAGUUGGAGCACCGGGUAAUGAAAACUCCAGAGGGUCCCACGAACAAGUUUAUUGGAUAAUUUUAUUAGUUACAGUAAUGGUUAUAGUUAACACACGGCUUAUCACGGGUUCGAAAGGAAUGGCGGCGAGUGGCGAGCGAGGUGCGGGCGUACAUGCGUGUGUACGCCUCGGUGGGUGCGCGUGGUCUGCAUAGGUUAUAUAUAAUCUUACUCUAUGGUCUGCAUGCAGAGUCUGAUAGAAGCGCGUGCGGCCCGCCAAAGGAAAUCCCUCGUUCACUACUCUUUGAGUCGCGCUGGGAGCCGACAACGAUAGCUCCUGAUUGGUCGCGGCGUGCGGCCAGGCGCGGCUACCGUUUGGGUUGCUAUACGUACGAAAUUUUUACUUAAUAAAUGCGUGGGCUGGACUCAUUUAGUAAAAAAACCAUAUUGCGUUGGAAUUUAAUAAAACGACUGAAGACAACAAGUUUAAUAGAAUUUAAUGAAAUUAUGGUGCAGUUGCAUGUACUAUUUGUGAUUUUACAUUUGAUGCAUUUGUGAUGUUUUACUUUACUAAUGUAGGUACAACUUUGUUUAAUUACUAAACCAUUCGUUUUUGUGUGUAGUAACUCCAUCUGUAUCGUUUUUAACGAUGGAAAUGUCCAAAUUUUGUUUGUUUUUAAACAGAUUUAGCAAUAUUUGAACUACACAUUUUUAUGCAAUUAUAAUGUGAACAUGAAACUAAGUUAUUUUCUAUAUGACAAAAUCCCUCGUAAAGAAAAAAAUGUAAUAUUAAAAUUCUUUAGAUGGAUUUUGAUGGAUGUGCGUUUUAAUGAUUAAAGUACCUUGUAAAUAAAAAUAUUUUAAGUAUA